CUCUUAUGUAUCGUCAGUGCUGCCGGAUUUGUCGAGUAUACCAUCGGCUGUUCUGUUCGUUUCUGUUACUACAUUUUGCUCGCUGUUGCAUCAAAGAUUACACAAUAUCAAAAAAAUGGCAAACAAUAAUAACAGUAUGCCUCACCUGGAAGUAAUUGAUCGCGUGAAAAACAUACCUGUUGUUCACUCGGCGAUAGAGAAGACUGAAUCUACGUACACUUAUUUGAAAGAUUCGAAUCAUUUGAUCAACUGGGCGUUAAAUCAUGCCGAAGCUGGACUUCAUUAUGCAACUGCCACUGCCGUCCCUCUUACCGUGCCUUUAGCGAAAAAAUUCGAAGGUCAGAUCUCUGCCGUUGACCAAAAGUUGUGCGAGGGAUUGAACAUGGUCGAGGAAAAAAUGCCGAUCGUGAAACAGCCACCUCAACAGAUUUACGAUGCUGCAAAGGCUGUAAUGGACAGCUCCCUGCAAUCAACAGUUGACAAAUUGCAAGCUGCGAAAGAGUCAGCGACGCAUCAAGCAUCAACUCUCAAAGAAAUUAGUAUUAAGAAGGCUAAUGAAUUGUUAAAUACCGAAUAUGGUAAUAAAGCAGUGCAAAGUAUCGAUGAUAUCGGCGUUCUCAUUAACGCUUUAUUGGAUCGUUAUUUCCCUCCGGUCGAAGGGGAAGAAAACAUGCCUGCUCCUGUGUCUGCCGACGAGAACAAAAUUUUACAUUCGGUGCAACUUGCUGGUCAAUUAUCCACGAAAACUGCCAAUCGGGUGUAUCAUUCGGUCGUAGCACAAUUAAGGACAUUGAAGAAAGAAGAUGUGUCAUCUUAUAUGUCGAGCGUAAUAUCUAUUCUUCAUCUAACGCAGUUUUUAAACUUGAACGAUCAGCAAAACGGUAAUAAAGAUUCAAAUCAAGAAAAUACGGAAAAGAAGUAAGCAGAAAUCUUACUGAUAAUAAUUGUACAAAUACAAUUGAUAAUAGUAACUAGAUAAUCACAUUCAUAUCUAAUUUUUGCUGACUCAACGUGAGAAAGAUUUGGACCUUAAUUUAUACAUGACUCAUAGAAACUAAUAGAAUAGAAAUUCCAAGUAUGUGUGUUCAUUGGUGUAAAUGUUUGUUACAUAAAGUUGAUAAGUUCAUUCGAAAUCACUCGAGCAAACAGAUUGAGAAAUAUAACUUAAAUAAGUGAUAAUUUCAAUUGCAAAAAUAUGUGAUAAUUUCGUAAGAAAAAGAAUAAUAAAUUUUUAUUCAAGAAAUGUAUGUAUGAAAUUUAUCUGGCUUUAAAUCACGUAAGGUUUGAAUUAUUUUUGGUCACUUUUUCUACUAUGUUUUGCUGUUAAUAGUAUAUUUAAUCUAUAAUUAAUCUAUAUACAUUUUUCGAAACAAACAAAUGUAACAAAAAUAAUGAAAACGAUAUCAUCCUUCAUUCAAUUAACUGCAAAUAAGUGUGAUAUUUGUGACAUUAGAAUACUAUUUUUACACAUAAUUCUAGCACUUUAUGUCAGACAUUUAACUUUUUAUACAAUUAAAUAUGUAAAGAGAAAGAGAGGCACACAAUUAAAAUUUAUUAUAUUUUUGUAAUAAAAGGAUCUGAAAAAUGUGAUAUCUAAA